AUGCCGAAACUGAACAAGCUUCUGGUCACGUCAAUCAUCGCGGAUAUCAGGGAGUGUGUACAUGUCUCGAACGAGAUAUAUUCCUGGCUAGGCGAUAUCGAACAUCUGUCAUGGAAAUUCCCGACGAAAACCGCGAAGGACAUAAAUGCUAUGGAAAUUGUGAAGGAGCACAACGGAACCGCGGGGGAAUUCUAUAUUCUUCUUCUGGAGUUGGCUUAUGACAGUUCCCUCCGAAAAAUAGCAGCAGCACGUCAACAGGUGAAGAAUAGCACGAAGCACGAGGAAGGAGGCUCCUUGAGAAUCAGUAAAGUAUCGCAGAGCUGUCAGGCGGGCAGCUGCAUGGAUUAUUGCGAGAGUUGCACGCUAGCCGGGGAAGCUAUACUUCACGCGAUAAAUUCGAUCGAGCAAGUCUUCGUCGAGAAUAAAUUAAUUUCCGUCUCCACGACUCAAAGAGACGAAUGCAGGAACGACAUUUACGAGAAGACUCAAUGGGCCGUGAUGAGCAGGCUGACGAAGGGAAUAGGGACAGACGUCGAAACGGCGCUCAGGAUUGCCAGGGAGAGCAAUUUGAGAAUCCAGGCGGCCAGGCAAGAUCACGAGCACAAGAUUCGAGAUCUGCGAGCCAAUUUGACGAUGCGAGAAAAACGAACGGAAGAGUUGCAGGCGGAUAACUCGGGGCUGAAAGAUCUACUGGAAAAUGCUCGAGAAGAGCUCGAAGAGGAGAGACGAGGGAACGACGUGUUGAAGCGACAAAACGAGACGUUGAAAGAAACCCUAGAAGAUAUUCGUAGACAGAUGUCGAUGCUCGCUGGCGAAAAUAAGAUUUUGCAAAGUCAGGCGGUUGCGCUGGCCGAGAGCAAAUUCGAGUUGGAGAAGACCGUGUUCGGACUUGGAAAGGAAAUCGACGACAUCCGUGAUGCGUGUCUCGAGAGUGAACGAAACACGCGAACGCUUCUCGACGAAUCGAGGAAGGAGAACGACCGUUUAAAGCAAGAAUACGAGGGAAAAGUGGAGAAACUUCGGCAAGAGGUCGCACUUUUGUCGGGGAAGAAACGGGACGAAAGGAUCCAGGACACAAGCGGGGAUUCGAUCGUUGGAACGAUCGAGGAUGGGACCGUUUUAAAACCGGAGGAUGAUCCUGUUGCGGAUAUGACGCAGCAAUUGAUCUCGAAUCGCGAGAAGAUCGAGAUGUUGACGCGGCAGAACGAGCGAUUGACGAAAACCCUGUCUCGAUUGCGGAAAUAUCGGUUAACCAGUCAAUCGUAA